AUGAGCUUGGUCCGGGCCACAGCUUCGAGUUCGUUGAAGGUCUCAUGCUAUCUCCUAGAGCCGAAGGAUUUAGGAAUCGAAACUUUUGCAGCUCCAGAUGACGAGUUUUUUGCUUACUACCAUCCUAAGCAACCCGAGACGCUCGAAACCGCACUUCGAGAGCUACAUAAUUAUGUAGUUGAAGAAGGGCCGUUCGAUGCCGUACUUGCAUUCUCUCAAGGGUGCGCACUGGCGGCAUCCUUCAUCGUAAGGAAUCAGGCAGCAAGACUAUUGCCUCACUUCAAGUUCGCCGUGUUCUUCUCCGGUGGGCCAGCCUGCUCUGUUGAGCAGCAAGGAGGAAGGCUAUUCGAGCAAGGGGACGCAACGAUCGACGGCUUCAUCACAACGCCAACUCUCCACGUAUGGGGUGCAAACGACCAUCACAACCCUAAAGACAAUCGACUUCUUGGCGAGCAAUGUAGCAAUGAUACCAAAUCAAUAUUCGUGCACCAGGGCGAGCAUGAAAUCCCAGGCUCUGGUAAAACUGACGCGGUAGUUGAGAUUACGCAUAGGAUCCGACGGCUCUUUUGCUGA